UUGGGCGGAAUGGGAUGGACGAGGUUGAGGAGGCGGUAGACUCGCUUGUGCAUCUGGUCGGGGCGGAAGCCAAAGGACUGGAUCUGGUUCAUUCGGCCGAGGGUCUGCUUGAGCGAGGCAAAGGCAGGGAAGGGAGUGAAGUCAUCGACGUCAUCCUUGGUUUCCUUGGUGGCGAUUCCGAGGGGAAGGACAGGGAGGGAACGAUUGGCAUCCUUGAGAUCGAGGGCGGUCUUGAUUUCGAGGACGACAUUGUCCUCUUGGUCGGAGAGUGCCUUGUCCUUCAUCAUGUCCAUCGAGGCCUUGCUGAGGAGGAGGAAGACGGCCUUGCUGGUGGGGAGGGCACUGAUGGAGCUGGCUUGAGGGUCGCUGGGAUUGUUGAGGCAGUCGAUAUCGUGGAAGACGGAAAGGGGUUUGCCAUAUCGACGGAGGGCGAUCGAGGUGAGCACCUCCUUCAAAGCCUGGACAGUGUCGGCAUCAGUCUGGGCUUG